AUGCACGCGUCUUCAAGGCCGAGCUCGUGGAGCUCCUCGGCCCGGCCAGCGGCGCAGCGCUCCCGCAGCGUGUUUGUCGACGCCGAUACCUCGGGCGGCGCCGAGGAUGUGCACGCCCUGCACGAGGAGGCGGGCGCCACCGGAGGGCUUAUUGCUUGGGGAACACUUGCAAUUACUCCAGUUACAGGGGAUGCAUUUCCAACUCAAAUGGCAUGCAUUCUCAUUGGAAAUCUUGGAGCAUCUGUCACAGAAGUUGUAAGUGAUGCUGUUGUCACGGAGUUCAGUAGAACACAGAAGGCUGGUGUACUGCAGUCAUACACAUUCAUAGCCCUGGCUGCAGGAUCCCUACUGGGGAACUUGUCUGGUGGUUACAUUCUGCUUAAAACACAGGAACCAAAGAUCAUGUUCACAGCAUUCUCAGUCCUUCUUGGCUUCCAGCUAGCACUGUCCCUAAGUACAAAAGAGACAUUGCCAAGCUCUCGAGGAAACUCCAGAAAUCGUCUUGUCAAAAGCUCUUUGGCAACUAACUUCCACAAACAAUUCUCAAACUUGAUGACAGCGAUCAGCAAGGAAAGGAUCUUAUACCCUCUUACAUGGAUCAUGACAUCCUUUGCUGUUGUGCCUAUUUUUUCUGGAACCAUGUUCUGCUUUCAAACACAGUAUUUGAAUCUUGAUCCAUCAGUCAUUGGUCUAUCGAAAGUUGUGGGACAGGUCAUGGUGUUAUCACUAACUAUACUCUACAAUCGUUAUCUUAAAAGGAUCCCGCUGAGGUGCCUUACCAGUGGACUUCAGAUACUAUAUGCUUUGGCAGUUUUGUCAGAUUUGGUCCUUGUGAAACAAAUAAACCUUGUGCUAGGGAUACCGAACGAGAUUCAUGUUCUUUGCUUCUCAGCUCUAGCUGAAGCUCUAGCUCAGUUCAAGGUCUUGCCAUUCUCGGUUUUGUUGUCAAGUCUCUGCCCACCAGGCUGCGAAGGUUCUUUGUUCGCCUUCUUCACAUCUGGACUGGUGUUUUCAGGAAUACUAAGUGGAGUAUUUGGAGUUGGAUUGUCCACCCUGAUCGGCGUGUCUUCUGUGGACUACUCAAGCUUGCCUUUGGGUAUUUUGCUGCAAAGUUUGGCUGCAUUGCUACCAUUGGGAUGGAUAUCCUUUUUGCCUGAGAAAUGGACUGCCGAUGAGAAGGUUGUAAUAUAA